CUUAUCUCCACUGCGCUGCGAUAAGUCAGCGCAUAACAACGGCGUUUGGCGCCCCGGGUGCAAGACCCGUGACGGGACCCGUGACGUGAAGUUGCAAUCUUGUCGUACAUUGGACAUGGGCGCGGUGAAAUAUCAUUCGAAGCGCUGGUCUAAGCAUUAACAGCUAGGGCUCAGUAGCAGAGGUUCUGGUGGUCAAGCAUUGGGCUCGAGUCUGGGCAGGUCUGGGCGGCGGGUUGGCUCACAAUAUCAAGCCAUUUGGACAACUCUAGUUUCUAUUCCUUAGAUCAAGUUGGAAAUAAUCCAUCAUCGCCAUAACACACUCAAAAUAUUUUUGCGCCUGCAAAGUAUCACGAAUGGCGGAUGCGGAAGAGGAAGUGCGCGCCAUUGCGAAAGAGUUGGCUCGCAAGCGAGCAACUAAAGGCUCCCAAACUGUGUCGGUUGGCGCGAUCAGAGUGCGGGCCAAGAAAGCGGGCUGCCGCGCGCUGAUGCACAAGUCGAAUGAGGAUGUCAAGGCUUGGCUCGCUGCUCGGCCCGAGGAUUACGUGCUGCUCGGUGGCGACGAGGUGCUGGUGGUGGCGGCGGUGCGGGAGGGCACGGAGCCCUCAGUGCCGCCCGGCACACGCAAGCGCAUCAACAAAGCCGCCAAGCGCUGCCUCCGCUGCGAGACGUGCAACAUCCACACCGACAACGUGCCCGCCAUGCACGCCCACAUCCUCAGCCAGCGCCACCACAACACCGUCUCCCGCCUCACACUCGACGACGUGCAGCGCGUGCUAACCGCAUACCGCACCCGCAACACCGCCGACCUCCAGUUCUGCGAGCUGUGCAGCGAGUGGCUUCCCGGCCCCAACGAGCUGAAGCUGCACCUGCGCUCCCGCUACCACGCGGUACGACAGUGCGCCCUGCUCCUGCGCGGCGGCGACCUGCUGGGUGCCAACGCCGGCGGCGUGGUGGUGUCGGUCCUGCCCGACCCCCUGCCUGCCCUGGAGCCUGGCCAAACCGCCGACUACGCCUUCCGCAUCUCCAACCUCAGCGGCGUCAAGCAGUCCCUGCUGCGCGUGCGGCUGCUGCAGCCCGUGGACGGGGUGCAGCUGAGCGACGCGUACGGCGUCAGCAGCGGGGACGGGGACGGUGCGGGUGUGGGUCUGCCGCACGGGUCCUCGUACGAGGUGGCGGUGCGGCUGGCGCCGCGCUUCCGUGGCGUGAUGCGCGGCGUGGCGGUGUUCGAGUUCGGCAGCGGCGCGCAGGCUGUUCGCGCCAUCCACGCCGUGUGCGCUGACGCGGACACGCAAGCGGAGAUGGAUGCCAAGACGGCGGCCGGCGGCGGCAGUGCGCAGCGGCGCGGCCGCCGCCUCCGCCGGCUGGAGCCGCAGAACCCUGACAUCGUGCCAGGCGAGGCGCCGGCGGGUGCUGACGACCACGGCGCACGCAGCGGCUGCGGCCGGCCGCCGCGCCUGGAGCGGCCCAUCGGCCACCACCCGGUGCCGCGGGACGUGCGGGGCAUGGUGGAGCGGUGCCAGUGGGCGGAGCUGGAGCGGCGGCUGUGUGAGGCGGCGGGCGGCGAGGAGGCGGUGGCGGCGGCGGCGGCGGCGGCCGCGGCGGCGGCGGCGGGCGGCGGCUGCGUGGAGGCGGCGGCGAGGGCGGCGGCGCUCGCGGCACGUAUGCCCAACGUGCGCGCGUACGCGGAGCGGCUCAAGCUGCUGACGUGGCUGGAGGAGCUGCAGCAUGAGGUGGACGUGCGCACGUACGACAUGCGCGAGGCCCGGCUGGAGGAGAUCCCGCGGCGCAGCCUGCUGGCGCUCAAGGUUCCCGGCCUGGCUGAGAACCGGCCGUCGGUGCUUAAGGGCGACUCCAUCUACGUCCGGCCCUCGGACGGCACCAGCGGCGGCCGCGAGUGGGAGGGCAUCGUGCACGUGGUGGAGAGGGAGGAGGUGCUGCUGGGCUUCGCCGCCAGCUUCCGGCACGGCACGUGGGUCAAGGGCCGCGCCUUCGACGUGCGGUUCGCCGUCAACAGGUCGCUCUUCAACAAGCUGCAGGCCGUGCUGUCACGCACCGCCGCCGGCGACCUGAACCCGCUGCUGCUCCUGCCCGGCGGCGCCGCCGCCCCGCGCCUGCCGCCGCCGCCGCGCGACCUGCCCAUCGACGGCCCUGACGUGGACUGGCUCCACCCGCCACCCCUGGAGGAGGAGCGCCGGCGGGGCUCGGUGGCGGGGGCCGGGGGGCUGAUGCCGGCGGCGCCCGUGAGGGCCAAGUGGGGCAACCGGCCGCUGAACGCGGAGCAGCGGCUGGCGGUGCGGGAGGUGGUGCGGGGCGCGCACGCCCCCCUGCCCUACAUCAUCUACGGCCCGCCCGGCACCGGCAAGACCUCCACGCUGGUCGAGGCGGCGGUGCAGCUGCUUCACGCCGCCCCCUCCGCGGUGCUGCUGGCUGUGGCGCCCUCCAACUCCGCCGCCGACCAGCUCAUGCAGCGGCUGCUGGGCGCGGGCCGGCCCAAGAGCGAGAUGAUGCGCGUGUGCGCCUACACGCGCCCGGACAAGGACCUGCCUCCGGACCUGGACGCCCUGCGCGGCACGCCCCAGAUCAACUGGAGCGACGGCGCCGGCGCCUUCCUGCUGCCCAGCAAGGAGCAGCUCACGCGGCCGGGGCUGCGCGUGGUGGUGUGCACCUGCGCCACAGCGACCAUGCUCUACCACGUGGGCCUGCCCUCGGGCCACUUCACCCACCUGCUGCUGGACGAGGCGGGGCACGCCGAGGAGCCGCUGCUGCUGGCGGGUCUGGCGGGGCUGGCGGGGCCCGGCUGCCGCGUGGUCAUGGCGGGCGACCCCCAGCAGCUGGGCCCCGUCAUCCUGUCGCCGCUGGCCAAGCGCCACGGCCUUGACACCUCCCUGCUGGAGCGACUGACAGCCACAGCGCCCUACAGCCGCCGUGAUGCCGCCAAGAUCGGCUCCGCCUCCCCCCGCCUCCCCCCCUACGCCUCCGCCUACCUGACCAAGCUGCUGCACAACUACCGCUCCCACCCCGACCUGCUGGAGCUGCCCAGCGCCGCCUUCUACCACGGCGAGCUGGUGGCGGCGGCGGACCCGGGGGUCACUCACAGCCUGCUGCACUGGGAGCACCUGCCCAACAAGAGGGUGCCGCUGCUGUUCCACCACCUGGUGGGGCGGGACGAGCAGGAGCAGUCCAGCCCCUCCUGGUACAACCUGGACGAGGCCAAGCAGGUGGUUGCGUAUGUCAAGAGCCUGAAGGACAUGCGCCGCAGCAGACUGAACGGCGACGACAUCGGGGUCAUAUCACCCUACCGCAAGCAGGUCCAGCGCAUCCGCGCGCUGCUGCGGGCCGUGGACGACCACAUUAAGGUGGGCAGUGUGGAGGAGUUCCAGGGCCAGGAGCGGCGCGUGAUCAUCAUCUCAACCGUCAGGUCCAGCCGCGAGCACAUGGCGCUGGACGCGCGGCACCGGCUGGGCUUCCUGUGCAACCCCAAGCGCUUCAACGUGGCGCUCACACGAGCCAAGGCGCUGCUGGUGGUGGUGGGCUGUGCGGACGUGCUGGCCACGGACCCCCACUGGGCGGCCUUCCUGCGCCUGGCCCGAGACCACGGCGCAGUCACCGGUCAGGCGCUGCCCGAGCUGCCGCCGGCCCCGGUGUCAGCGGCAGCGGCGGCGGCAGCUGCAGGGGCGGCUGCCAAGGCUGGUGAGGACGAGGACGGCGGCGGCGUGGUCGGGCAGCUGGCUGCAUCGCUGCAGCAGUUGCUGCUGUCUGCUGCGGUGCACGGCGACGGUGCGGGAGGUGCUGUUGGCGGCAGGGGCCUGCUGUCGGAUCUGGAGGAGCAGCUGCGGUGGCUGGGCGGGGGGCUGGAGAUGGAGGGCGGCGAGAUGCGGAGGAUGGAGUAGGGGGUGCGGGGCAGGCGCGUGUUGUGUGGAGCUGUCGGGCUGAGCGGUGUCGCGUAGUGGCAUGGGCUGAUGGACAGAGGUCGCUGGGGAGUCUUUUGCGGGACUGGUUCGCAUGGAGUCAUGGACAUGACGGGACGUUGUGAUAUCAGCGGGUUGGUUGGGAGCAGGCCGUGUGCGAGGGCGGUGGCGGUGUAGGACCCUGGUCGGGCGCAAAAGUGUGGCCGUUUUAGGAAGCAUGGUGAAUGAUGCGCUGUGAUAAGGCCACAUUCACCCCGCUGUGGCUUGUAGGACUCGAUUGCUGCUGACGACUAAGGAUUGGUAGGACCGGUUGGACAUGCCGAUGCCAAGCUGGUCGGGGUGGUGCAGACCGAUGGAGCUGUUGUAACAGCUCGUGCGGUGUGAGGUCAAGCAGUGUGUACAGAGCGGUUUGGCUGGCGUUUUAGGGUGCCAGGGAACCACAAGCGUGGAUGAGGCGGGUCCGAUGCGGCGGACGGCCGAGUGACGGGGUCCCGGAUGCAUGACGCGUGUCGGGUUGUGUCAGAUAGUUCGCCAAGCUGACCCAACAAUUUUGUUGUUGAACACUCAUAAAAAGC